UAUGAGAGUGCCUCGAUGAAUUUGACAAUUACGUGGAAUCCGUUCCAGAAACUGUAGUCAGGGAUCAAGGAUUAUAAACUCUCUCCUUGGUCAGUGAUCACUAGAUGCGAGCAUUUCAAGUGACAUCGUGACUUGACAUUCAUUCGUAACUGCCUCUACCUGUCAUACUGUCUGUAGUGUCUGUGCCCCGAUCUGUGCUCUGCUCUGAGUGUUCUGUGCACUGUAGCAGUCAGAGUCAGAGCAGUGCUAUGUUUUUGUUUAUGAAGUUAAUAAUAAUACAUGCUUAAUAAAAAAUAUUCAAUUCCAGAUUCUAAAGAUAAUAUAAAUUCAGCUUCAGUCAUCAGCAUUUCAUAUUUGUCCACCUUGUUCUGCGUUUUCUUUUCCAUUCAGGUGUCCACAAGUGUUUUUCUGCUUUCAAUAAAAUGUCCAGACCAAGAGGCAAAAAAAGAACAAAGCCAAUUGUGGGUGACAAAGGGAAAGAGAUUGUUGAAAAUAUGGAUGAGAAUGAUCCAGUGCUAGUAAUGUUCAGAAGCUAUUCCUCAGCCUUAGAUGAAAAGCAUGAUAGAUAUGAAAGAAUCAUCAAACAAAGUCGGGAUAUAACAAUAGAGUCCAAAAGAAUUAUUUUCCUACUCCAUAACACCAAUACUGAUAUUGAAUCAAAAAAAGCUGGUAUAAUAGAAGAAGCUGAAACACGAUUGAAAGCCCUUGUUGAUACAAAUUUCAGCACAAUUGCAAAUGAACUGAAAAAUGAAGACAGUUAUCAGUAUCAUAGGGCUUACACAGCUGGUCUACAAGAAUUCAUUGAAGCCUAUGCCUUCUGUCAGUACAUAAAAAAAGAGGAUAUUAGUAAUUGGAAUGUUAUGAAUCAAUUAUUCCAAUUCACUAAUGAUGAAAAUGAAAAAUGUUCAUUACUUUUUCCACAGUAUGACCUAGUUUUGGGUCUGGCAGAUUUCACUGGUGAACUCAUGAGGAGAUCAAUAAAUACUUUGGGAGUGGGAAAUGUGAAGGAAUGUUUCAAGCUCUGUAAUUUUGUCAGGCACAUCAAUACAGGAUUUCUAGGUUUGAUGACUCCUGGAAAUAGAGAAAUAUCCAGGAAGGCUUAUGUACUUCGCCAAAGCCUUGCAAAAAUGGAACUAGUGUGUUACAAUAUUCAAAUAAGAGGCAGUGAAAUUCCUAAGCAUAUGCUCAUUAGUGUCAUUGAGUCAUCCAAUUUAGAUGAGGGUGAAGAUGAAGGAUACUUUUGAUUGGAAAUUUAGUGAAAAAGAAAUAAUUUAUUUUGUUUCUUUUUAUAUUAUUAUUCUUUUGAGUCAAUAUAAUAUGUAUAGGUACUAUCAAGGGUUGUAUUAUUAUUAUUAUAAUUCAUAGCUCUCAUGGAGUGUUUAAUCUCUGUUAUUCUGUGUAAUUUGUAAUCUGCCUCUUAAAAAUAUCAAUGAAUACCUAUUUGGUUUCAUUAAAUUCUUCAUAGAUCUAA